AUGGCAACAAAUAAUAUUGACUAUCAUAAGAUUACUAUAGUUAUGACAAAUGGUGAAGAAUUUGAAACUCGUUCUACCUAUGGAAAAGAAGGUGAUAAGAUAAAACUCGAUAGAGAUCCUUUAACCCAUCCUGCAUGGACAGGAAGCCUAACGAGUGGAGCAGCAAGCAAAACCAGCUAUGUUGCUUCUGAGUCACCAAAGUCGCAGGAGAUUUCUCAGCUUCUAGAAGCUUUUGGGUUUAUCAAUAUUGCGGAAGACAAUAAAUCUAAGGUUGAUAUACUCAUAGUAGUUGGUGGUGAUGGCUUUAUGUUACGCACUCUACAUAACUACAUUAUAGGUAAUGGUAAUAUACAUGUAUAUGGCAUAAACACCGGCAACGUCGGAUUUUUAAUGAAUAAAUACAAAGAGAACAUUAUCGACUGUAUAAAACAUGCAAUUCCUACCAAGUUAACUCUGCUAAACAUGGAGGCUGUAGAUACACACAACAAAAAAUAUUAUUACACAGCAGUAAAUGAAGUAUAUGUUUUCAGAAGAACAAAUCAAAUAGUGGAAAUGAAUGUGACUAUUAACAAUAAGUUGAAAAUAGAAAAACUCAGAGGAGAUGGAAUAAUAUUAUCUACUCCAACAGGAAGUACUGCAUAUAAUUUAUCUGCUGGUGGGCCAAUUCUGCCAUUAAAUUCGAAUUUGCUGGCAUUGACAUCUAUAAACAGCUAUCAUCCAAGACAUUGGAAUGGUGCAUUGAUAUCAAACGACACAGUAGUGCAGCUUGAUAUCAAUAAUGUAGAAAAUCGCCCAGCAAUUGUAGUUGCAGACUAUAAGGAAUUUCAUGACAUAUCACAAAUAAAAAUACAUAAAGACCAGGAAAAUACAGUAACAUUGCUUUUCGAUAGAGAUUAUUCACUAGACGAGAGAAUAUUUGACAAGCAGUUCUUAUAUUAA